AUGGAUUUUUUCGAUCCGAGCAGCAUGGCAACUUUCACGUUCACCUCCGAAUCGGUCUCCGAGGGUCACCCGGACAAGAUGUGCGACCAGAUCUCCGACGCCGUCCUCGACGCCCACCUCAAGCAGGACCCGAACGCCAAAGUGGCUUGCGAGACGGUCACGAAAACGGGUAUGAUCAUGCUCUGCGGGGAGAUCUCCUCCAAUGCCAACGUCGAUUACCAAACGCUGGUGCGAAAUGUUGUAAAGAAGAUUGGAUACGACGAUUCGUCCAAGGGGUUCGACUACAAGACAUGCAACGUGAUGGUGGCCCUCGAGCAGCAGAGCCCCGAAAUUGCCGCCGGCGUGCACGAGAACAAGUCGGAUGAGGAUGUCGGCGCUGGUGAUCAGGGCUUGAUGUUCGGCUACGCCAGCGACGAGACCCCGGAAGCCAUGCCACUGACCCUGGUGCUAGCACACAAGCUCAACGCCCAGCUCCACAAGCUCCGUCGCAACGGCACGAUUGCCUGGGCCCGACCCGACUCGAAGACUCAGGUGACCGUUGAAUACUCGCAAGAUGGUGGCGCCUGCAUCCCGGUCCGCGUUCACACUAUCGUUAUCUCCGCCCAGCACGCGCCCGAAAUCACGAUGGAGCAGCUCCGACACGAUCUCAAGGAAUUGGUUGUGAAGGCCGUGAUCCCCGCCAACCUCCUCGACGACAACACCGUCUUCCACUUGAAUCCGUGCGGCUCGUUCGUUAUUGGAGGGCCAAUGGGAGAUGCCGGUCUGACUGGCCGCAAGAUCAUUGUCGACACCUACGGAGGAUGGGGAGCCCACGGUGGCGGCGCUUUCUCCGGCAAGGACCCUACCAAGGUCGACCGCUCGGCCGCGUAUGCCGCUCGCUGGGUCGCCAAGUCGCUGGUUAAAGCCGGCCUUGCCCGCCGCUGCCUGGUCCAGGUUUCCUACGCCAUCGGUCUCGCCAAGCCCCUUUCCGUGUUCGUCUUCUCGUUCGGCACCUCCACCCUCACCGAGGCCGAGCUCCUCCAAGUUGUCAACGAGAACUUUGACCUGCGGCCGGGCAAGAUCAUCAAGGACCUCGACCUGAAGCGCGCCAUCUACGAGCCCACGGCCGAAAACGGACACUUUGGACACGAGUCAUUCCCCUGGGAGCAACCCAAGCAGCUCACGCUUAGCGCCGCCAUCGCCACCAAAGCCAAGCACCCGAUCGGCGUGAACGGACAGCAGUCUUCUCAAAAUGGCAUCGCCCAC